AUGGAUAUCAUACUGACACUAAACAACCCUGUGAAAGUAGUCAACAUACCUUGGAGGAACAAUAAUUUUAGCAAUGUGGAAAAGGAACCUCCUCUAUCUGAACAAGGAGAGACAAUCAUCGGCGCAUAUCUACUAAUACUGGGCUGGCUCUCAUGGCUGGGGAACAGUGUGGUGAUAUUUGUUCUCUAUAAGCAGAGGAUUUCUCUCCAGCCAACUGAUUACCUCACUUUAAACCUGGCCAUAUCUGACGCCAGUAUAUCUGUGUUUGGAUACUCCAGAGGGAUUGUGGAGGUGUUUAACAUUUUUAAGGAUGAUGGGUUCUUAAUCAAGUGGAUCUGGACAUGUCAGGUGGAUGGCUUUUUCACAUUGCUUUUUGGCCUGGCCAGUAUCAAUACACUGACUGUCAUCAGCGUCACAAGAUAUAUCAAGGGAUGCCACCCGCACAAAGCAUACUGUAUCAGCAAGAGCACUAUCGCCGUAUCGUUGACAUUCAUAUGGAUAGCGGCUUUAUUCUGGUCUGUGGCUCCUCUGCUGGGCUGGGGCAGUUACACAGACCGUGGGUAUGGUACCUGCGAAGUGGACUGGUCAAAAGCUACGUACUCCACCAUUUACAAAUCGUACGUCAUUUCCAUCCUCAUCUCCUGCUUCUUCAUCCCAGUGCUGAUCAUGCUUUUCUCCUACGUGUCCAUCAUCAACACUGUGAAGAGCAGCAAUGCCAUGUCAGCUGACGGGUACCUCACAGAUCAACAGAGGAAAGUGGAGCGAGAUGUUACAAGGGUAUCCAUUGUAGUUUGUACUGCGUUCAUUCUGGCCUGGUCACCGUAUGCAGUGGUAUCCAUGUGGUCCGCCUGGGGUUUCCAUGUGCCCAGUAUCACCAGUAUCUUCACCCGGUUGUUCGCCAAGUCAGCCAGCUUCUAUAACCCCAUCAUCUAUUUUGGCAUGAGCUCAAAGUUUCGCAGGGACGUCAGGGUCCUGUUACCAUGCAAACCUGAGGACGAGGACUUGGUUCGCCUCAAGAACUUCAAAUGCCUCAAGCCAAAAGCUGACACCACACCUGCCCAACGUGCCCAACAGGGGGAGCCAAAGUUGGCCAAGAUGGAGUUCUUGGUAGCUGAUCAAGACUCAGGGGUUAACAGUCCUCCACAUACACCACCUCCAGUCAGUAAAGAAGUCUCCUGUCACCUCCCAGUGCCAUUCAGUGUUCCAGAGUUUGAGAGUGACAGACUUUGA